AGCGGAGUGGGGAGAUGUUAGGGGAGUGAAGCAGUAUAAAAGCCUGAGCUGUCAGAGACCACAGACAGAGAGAACUCACCCCUUUUCUGGAAGUUGUUUCCUCCAGCUGUGUGCGUUAGCUUCACCUCCUGUCAAAUACAGACAAGAAGUAGAGACUAGUUUCGAAUCCUUCGCCGCAGGGAGACCUGGAGAACUGCAAGCCUCUCCAAACACCUCAGACGCCGAACGCCCAAACCUCGCCAUCCAGACCCAUGGCCGCACGCCCCAUGGAGACGGUGGGUUUCGCCGUUCUUCCCGCGCACAUCCUGGCGUCCGCCAUGGAGGAGUUUCCCCAGCAGCUCCCCGUCCCCAAGUGUCUGGCUCGGGGCCGAAACCGACCCCGGCGGCCCCGAGACGCCCGCUUCAAGACCCAGCCGGUGACUUUCGCAGAGAUCGCCGAAGUGGAGGAGGAAGGGGCUUCGCCUCUGGAGGAGGAAAGAGCGAGACGGUCCUUCCUUCAGUCGCUGGAGAGCCUCAGGAGAAGCACACAGACUCUGCAGCACGCGGGAUCCUCUCAGAGCUGCCGCACCGCCUCUGCACAGGCUAGUCUGGACUCCAGUGACUCAGACUCGGCACAGUGAGAGCGAGAGGAACGUCUGAAGGAUGACGGGACUGGAACUGUAUCUCGCACAUAUCUUCCUGCUAAAUUCCUCUUUCACAGCCGCUAACGUACUAGUCAUGUAUUUAUGCGCAGAUUCCAACACUGGCACAGCGAUUGUUUAGCUCCUCUGCAAAGUUGUAGCAUGCUGGGAGAUUUCAGAAACCACUUAAAUGCUUGCACAAAUUCCUUUUUUUAUCGUUUGAGAACGAGACUCUCGUCUUGGCAAGAGAGGAAGAGAGGCCGUGUCUGACUGCGUUUUAAUAGACUAACGUUAUUCGUAUCCCUCGUGCCUGCUUAAGAUCGCACAGUUGAAUGGGUUCUUCACUGCUGGGCGGGAUGUAGACUGUCACAUUUUGUUAUAACUCAUUGCUGUGUUGACGAACAAACUAAAAGAGGUAAAACAGAGGUGUAUUUUUACAGAAAACGUGGUUGCAAACCCUGAUGUCUAAGUCUGCCAGAAUGGUGAACUUACUAAUGAACUCGACAAGGAGCAAAUUGUUGUACUUUUCAAAUGUAUCUUAUAUUUAUUCGCAGAUUAUUUUGUUAUAACAUAGUGAUUUUAGAGAAUUGUUCUGUUGACACUGUGGACUUGUAAAGUCACUAUCACUGUAUGUAAAAGAAAAGGCCUUUAUACUUCGAUUUGACUUUAUCUUUGUUAAUUUGUUUCAUACUUUCUUUCGUAGGUAUAUAAAUAAACUUUUUAACAUUGGA